AACGGCGAAACUUCCGUGUUCGCUACAGGCCACAAUGAGACGAUUGAUGAAGAAUAAUUGGACAAAUGCUUCACAUGCGACCACUGGAGCUGAAUUAUUACAUUCAUUUUCAAUGAUUAUCAUUACAAUUAUUCAGUUGUAACGCCCUAUUUAUACUACGACUGCAUAAAGUCGUAGCGCUAAUGCUAAACGCGUCGACGCGAGGGAGACUCGUGUUUUCUGUUUUACGUCUCUGUCGUCACGCGUUUCACGACGUUGGCGGGCGGUUUACGGUAAUUAGCUGGUCCUUUCAUCCGGAAGUUGAGCAGAGGAGACGAAAUCCGUCCGCACCAUCAAAAUCCGAAACUAAGAUAAAACGCUUAUAUUCGAUCAUUAAUCGACAUCACAAGCGUCUCGUCACACGUUAGGAACAUUGAUAAUUAUAAUUAUUGCUAUUUUUGAUCAAAUAUGAGCCACCUGACGAUUGACUUCAGGCCGGGACACGUGAAGUUGCUGCAGCAGGAGGACCCCCCGGCGGGCGGUCUUCGCGUCCUGGUGACGGGCGCGAGCGGCCUGCUGGGCCGCGCCGUCCUCCGGGAGUUCGAGAAGCGCGGCUGCGCGGCGACGGGGACGGCGUACCGCAGGGCAGGCCCGCGCCUCCUUCGCUGCGACCUGAUCGACGAGGACGCCGUCAAGGCGCUCGUGAGCCGAUGCGAGCCCGACGCGGUGGUCCACUGUGCGGCGGAGCGCCGUCCCGACGUGGUGGAGCGCCACCCGGAGGCGGCCGACGACAUCAACGUCCGCGCCACCGGCGCUCUCGCUAGGGAGGCGGCGACUACGUGUUCGACGGCCGCCGCCCGCCUUACGGCCAAGACGACGUCCCGAAUCCCGUCAACGCGUACGGACGCAGCAAGUUGGAAGGAGAGCGACAAACGCUUCGACACUGCGCACGUGAGUUCCGCGCGCGCCCGACGAUCGAGCUGUAUCGAUAACGCGCGCGACUCCCGUCGGUCAGGCUCGGCGGUUCUGCGCGUUCCGGUUCUGUUCGGGGAGGUGGAGUCUCUGUCGGAGAGCGCCGUCACGUCGCUGUGGCCCGAAGUCCUGCGGGCGGGCGAGAACCGGGCUCUGGACCACUGCCAGCAGAGGUUCCCCACGCACACCCGAGACGUCGCCGCCGUCUGCUGGAACAUCUGCCACGCGGCCGCUCAGGACCGAUCCAUCCGAGGAAUGUUCCACUAUUCCGGGAAGGAGCAGAUGACGAAAUACGAGAUGGCGCUGGCGAUGGCUCAGGUCUUCAACCUUCCGUCCGAUCACCUCGUCCCGCUGACGGAGCGGCCGGCGGCGGCCGCCGCUCCGCGGCCGCUCGACAGUCGCUUGGACUGUUCCCGUCUGGAGGUCCUGGGCCUCGGCGUGGAGCCGCGUGCGUUCGCCUCCGCCGUCAGGGACUGCCUGUGGCCGUUCGCGCCCGACAAACGCCGGCGGCAGACCGUCUUCCACUGAUCGCCGUGGCGACCGUCGCGCCGCCGUGCGCUCGUCUGUUCAAUAAAGUCUUCGCAAGCAAACACGUUCUUCGUUUCCAAGUUUGUGAGGGG